GGAAGAUCUUGGCUCGCUCUCUCAAUCAAAUCUGAGUUGGGUUAUUCAUUGAAUCAUUGUUGCUCCAACCCUCUAAAGGAGAGAGUGGUUGGAGAAAGAGGGAGAGAUGCUGGACAACGCUCAGGCAGCGAUAUUACCCCAAGCAGCGGAAUCGGGCACUGUGGUCAAGCGCUACGCUCCUCCUAAUCAAAGGAACCGUUCUGCCAACAGGCGCAAGUCUUCUGAUCGGCUUGAUCGAGGAAACAGUGCAGGAAAUGAUUCAGAAAAGAAUCAAAAUGCUUUGCCAAGAAAUGCUCAUGUUCCAGAUCAGGGAGAUAUUGGUGGCUACAGUCUUGUUAAUGAGAAUCAUUAUUCAAGAUUCAUAGCUCUAGAAGGGUGUAGCUGCAGUGCUGCUUCCCAGCUUCUUAACGAUCGUUGGUCAGCUGCAAUACAGUCAUACAAUAAUGCCAAAGAUUCAUCUGAAAAGCCAGAAAUGUAUUCGGGUGCUACAUCGUCAGUGUGGACUCAGUUCAGACUCCCUCAUCAGAUUAUGUCCCCAGGUCCUUCAUCUUUUGGUUCACAGCUGGACUUCCUGGGAGAACUUCGCCGCCAAAUGCAUCGUGCAAAUCCUAAUCCUGGUUUCAGCCCGUGAUGGCUGACUUGGAUCAUUUAAUAAGUAGUAGACUGGAUCCCUUAAGAGCACUUGGCGGCUCAGGUAUAUCUUGUUUGUGACUGUGACGAUAACAUGUGAAUUACCAAACUGUUUACAUGUUUCGCGGUAUAUGUAGCUGGAUGAUAUAAGAAUCUAUGCGCCACUCUGUAAAUUCCAUUCAGGAUUCAUAUUUACUAUGCCUUCGAAGAA